AUGAGCAAAACCACCAUGACUCCCCCCUUGUUCUUCAUCACUCUUCCAGCACUCUUUGUGGUGCUAGUUUCUGCUCACCACGGUGUACGUGCACCUCUCUUUAGGGCACUCCGGAGUCCCUUCUUCUACGUCGAAGUAGGGAUUGGCUCGCCUCCUGUCUACGUCAAACUGGUGUUCGACACAGCCAGCACCACAACCUGGACGCAGUGCGCAGCCUGCAAUACAUGCUUUCCAGUGGCGAUCCCUCCUUUCGAUCCGAAGUUCAGUUCAACCUAUCGGCGGUUACCGGAAAACCACCCUCUUUGCCGUGGUGGUUACGGAACAGAACAUUCCGGAAAGUUCUGCAAUUUCACAAUGGAAUACAUCGACGGCCAACUAAUCCGCGGUCAAUUAUCAUUGGACACGUUCGUCCUUGGAAGCUCAAAACACAAGGUUCCAGAUUUUGUGUUUGGUUGCGGACUCGACGAUAAGAACGUCUUGGACUUUUUAAACGAUACACAUAAUCCAAUCUCUGGGGUUUUCGGCAUUGGUAUGAAUGAUCCUACCUCUAUCUUAUAUCAGUUAAGUUCUUUCACCGAGCUCAAGUUUUCUUAUUGUCUUCCACUGCGUGUAUAUGAGGAGAAUGAUCACCAGCACCAUCAUCAUGCAUGGUUGCAUUUUGGUAAGGAGGCCGAGAUCAAAAGCCACGAUGGUGUAGUUGUACAAAUCACACCACUUUUAGCAGGGAGGUGGGAUGAUAAUACUUACUAUGCGAAACUGAAUGCUAUAAGUGUAAAUGGUUUAUUUUUGCCAAUAGAUCCGAUAGUGUUUACGAGGGGUAAUGGAGUAGGGGUGGUUUUGGACUCGGGCACUCCAUACACGAUGUUUGUGGAGGAAGCAUACACGCCUAUACGAGAAGCUGUGGUGAAACACUUUCUGGAAAAGUAUGGAUGGGAAGCUAUGAAGACGAGUGGAUCUGGUAAUUUUGACUUAUGUUACAAGAUGGUGCAUCGACCAGCAAUAGGAGACGUUGAAUUCCCGGAACUGAAAUUUCAUUUUGAAGGAGAGGCAGUCAUGGAGCUGAUCAGAGAUGCAGUAUUCCAGGCGUUUGGUCACCCCAUGAAUGAGUUCUGCUUAAUGAUUCAGUCCUCUCUCUCUGACAAUUUGUUGGGGGCGUUUCAGAUGGUGAAUCAAAGAAUGCUGUUUGACGUUGGUGCGUCAAAACUAUCAUUUGUACCACAGAGCUGUUAA